AUGGCAGGGCGUGCCAGGCUUGGAACUGGAAUCUGUUUAUGUGGACUGGGCAUCGCUCUGGUCCUGGCCUUACGGUUGCACCGGUCACUAGCUUUCGCGCACGAGGCACCAGGCAUAUGGCAAAGAACCGUCGUGAGAAGAGCUCGGACCAGAGUAGGCGUAACUAGUGGUGUGAGCGGCACCCAAGAAGGAUCAAGUGAUGCCGAGCCAAGUGAGCCCAGUGAGCUCGCGCGGGAGUAUGAGCAGAUUUGGGAUCUUCUGAAACACCGGACGCCGGCUAGUGCAGAAGAUGUGCCCGCAGAGUUGCACCAGCUUGCCGCGCCAACGCCCAGAGCUGCUUGGCAAGAGCUGGGUCAACUUGUCACGGCUUUCGAGAGACCUGCAUCCCUGAACGGAAGCAAGUGGGUGACCAUUCGUUUGGAUGGGUGCAUGUUUGGCACGCUGACCAAGCGCAUGAGAGAUGCAGGGCUGAUCGGCCCAGGCUACUCAGAUGAGAUUGGUGAAGCCAUGCAGCUUUGCUGCCGAGCCAUGCUGGAUGAGUUUAAGGGUAAUGUUGCUUAUACGCAUAGUGAUGAAAUGACCAUCUUGUUAUGCCCACGCCAAACUACCAAAGCGGGUGCUGCCCGGGACUGGCCUCAUGGUGGUCGGGUCCAGAAAUGGCUGAGUAUCGGCGCGAGCAUCGUUACAGCCUUGUUCAAUCGCAAAUUAGAGCAGAUGGCUGAGAAGCGCGGGAUGCAGCUUCCUCACGACAUCAUCGCGCACUUCGACUGCAGAUUAGGAGAGUUCGAUUCUUUGCAGGAGGCCCUUGCCCUGCUACUGUGGCGUAGCUUCGAUUGCAGCGUCAACUGCCUCCAAGAUGGCGCCCAUCACGCAGGUGCCCCGUUAGAGGUGGUUCAAAGCGACUUCUCUCAGAAACUCCGGUGGCUUCACAAAGCUGGGCUGUUGCCCUUGAAGCCUCAUCAGGCAUAUGGGAGCUUGUUUGUCAAGACCAUAGGUGAGUUUGAUACCAUAGUUCCAGGCACAAACGAGACGGUCAGAGUUAGCCGCAAGGUGAAUGUCAAAGUGAACGAUGGUGCACAUGGUCCGCAAAACCUUCUCUUGCUGCCCAAGUAUGGUAUGUCUCUGAUACCCUCGGACGGUGACCCCCGCCUAGAGCUGCGAAACGGCAGCUACUGGCGCUAUGCAGGUCCUUCUGGCACUGGUCAGGAGAGUAACCGUGAGGAUGAUGCUCGUCAAGACAAGAGGCGAAAGAGGACCUGGAAGCGCGCCGGUCGUCGCGGAGGUCCGAGACGGUCGUGA